AUUCCCUCUUCCUCACCGCUUCUCCUGCUAAAAAUUCAACACAAUUACUUCUCCUCCUAAUCCCUCAACAACAUCAUGAACUUAUGUUAGCUGCUACACUUUAUCACUCUUCUCUCUCCUCCAACUUCCGUUUCCGUCGCUUUCGCUAAACAUAAAUUAAAGCGCCAGUUAAUUAAACAUGCCGUCUCCUAAGCCGAUUCGAAACGGCAUAUUCCCUAAAGUUUCCGAGAGAUCGAUGUCGUUCACCGGAAAAUCUGGAGCUUCUCCGGCGACUGAGAAACUCCGGCGACCAAAAACGGUGCCGGAUUUGAGGUCGGCGGCGAGAAACGGCGUUGUUUCUCCGACAUCGGAGGAGAUGAAGCCGAAGAAGUUGACGAAAGUGCUGUUAAACGUGACGAUUCAAGGCAGUGUUGGUAUUGUUCAUGUUAUUAUUAAUCCGGAAUUAACAGUCAAAGAUUUGAUUUCUGCUACUGUUAAGCAGUAUGUGAAGGAAGGUCGUCGUCCUAUGAUUUCUUGUUCGAAUUUCGAUGAUUUCGAUCUCCAUUACUCUCAAUUUAGCCUUGAAAGUUUAGAAAGGGAGGAGAAGAUAGCAGAGUUGGGGUCUAGAAACUUCUUCUUGUGCAAGAAGAAGCAGGAGGUGGCGGAAACGGCAGCGUCGUCGUCGAUGUCGUCUUGUUCAAAGCAAGCUGAGAAGGCAGCACAGCUUGGUUCUCCUUGCCCUCCAUGGCUCAAGUUCAUGAGUUUCUUAUUCUGAACACACAAAAAAAGAAAUAUUGGCUUGUAAAAGGAACUUCUCGCCAGAUUCUUGUUAUGGGGAUUCAAAUCUUACAUGUGGACCAGUAAUAUUUUAGUUUUUUAAUUUCCUUUUUAAGGGUUAUUUGAUUUGAAGAAUUAGCAGUAGUCUAGUAGUAGUAAUUUUUUUAUAUAGUAGUAAAGUACUGUAUAGUUAGAAAAAAAAAAGGAAAGGUAAAAAAAUAGUUAGAUAGGUUAAAAGAUAGUGUUAUCUCCUAUGAAUAUUGUUGGAAUGUGGAGAUAUGCUUCAAUGCUUGGUAGAAAUAUUGUCAAUUUGGCAAGUUGUAUAAUAGUAGUAGUUCUCAUAACAUUUUCGCUGAUAUCUACCUUGUAGGAGUAUUGGAUAAGGCCAAGGGGUGACCUGAAAUUUGAGCCAGUCAGAAAAUAAAAUAAUGUAUAGAUUAAUUAUUAA